GGAGAAAUCGAUCAUUCAGGACGCUCAAUCGAGCUCUGCGUGAGGAUCAGCGAACAUGUCUCUGAGACGAGCUUUACAUUUUGUUUUCAAAGUCGGCGACCGCGCUAAAACAGCCACGUUUUAUCGGGACGUCCUGGGCAUGAAGGUUUUACGACACGAAGAGUUUGAGGAAGGCUGCAAAGCAACUUGCAAUGGCCCCUACGACGGAAAAUGGAGCAAGACAAUGGUCGGCUUUGGUCCAGAGGAUGAGCACUUUGUAGCCGAGCUCACGUACAACUACGGCGUUGGCGAGUAUCAGCUGGGCAACGACUUCUUGGGACUCACCCUGCAGUCCAGCCAAGCAGUGAGCAAUGCCAAACGCCUCGGAUGGCCCCUGACCCAGGUGGAGGAAGCUCUUUAUUUAACCCAGGCUCCAGGAGGAUAUCCUUUCUACAUCGUGGACAAAGAGCAACCUCCUCACGACCCAGUGCAGAAGGUUUCCCUUGGCGUGUCAGACCUCCAGAGAUCAACUCACUACUGGGCUACGCUGUUGGGGAUGAAAGUGAUUGGCAAGUGUGACGAGAAAAACACAGUGCUGUUGGGAUUUUCUGACUCUCAAUGCAAACUGGAGCUUCGCGAUGUCAGUGGGAAGGUCGAUCAUGGAACAGCAUUUGGGAGAAUAGCAUUUGCAUGUCCACGAGAGCAGCUGCCCGAUAUCGAAGCCUUGAUGAAAAAGGAAAGCCAAAAAAUUCUCACCCCAUUGGUCAGCUUGGACACUCCUGGGAAAGCCACAGUAGAAGUGGUUAUUUUAGCUGACCCUGAUGGCCAUGAAAUUUGUUUUGUGGGAGAUGAGGCCUUCAGGCAGCUAUCUGCUGUUGAUCCCAAAGGAAAUGAACUGCUUGAUAAGGCUAUGGAGGAAGAUAAAAGUGAUGAGUGGUUUGCCAAACACAAUAAGCAAAAGGCUGCAGCCUGAGACGAAGAAUGCCCGCGUGGAAAACUGUGGACCAUAGUAUUCAUGAGCUUCUAACCAAGACGCCUGUAGAGAAAGAUGUUUUGUAACGUCCUCUCGAUUCUACUUUAUCAGUGUUAGUCUCCUGAAAAAGGAGGCUGUUAAUUAAAAAUGUGAAAGGCGGGAUGUGGAUUUGUAUUUAGCCCUCUUCCCUCUGACGUCCAUUAAUAAAAUCCAGUUAAACCGCUUGUC